AUGCGGAGGUCAGAGCGGGAGGACGCGUCUGGCCGUACCUGCUGCAGUGCUGCUGCAGGUGAGGGCAACGCUGCCCACACCUGCUGCAGCGCUGUCCUCACCUGCUGCAGCGCUGCCCGCACCAGCUGCAGAGCUGCCCACACCAGCUGCAGAGCUGCCCACACCAGCUGCAGAGCUGGCCAAACCAGCUGCAGAGCUGGCCAUACCAGCUGCAGAGCUGCCCGCACCAGCUGCAGCGCUGCCCGCACCAGCUGCAGAGCUGCCCACACCAGCUGCAGAGCUGGCCAAACCAGCUGUAGAGCUGGCCAUACCAGCUGCAGAGCUGGCCAUACCAGCUGCAGAGCCGCCCACACCAGCUGCAGAGCUGGCCAUACCAGCUGCAGAGCCGCCCACACCAGCUGCAGAGCUGGCCAUACCAUCUGCAGAGCUGGCCACACCAGCUGCAGAGCUGGCCAUACCAGUUGCAACGCUGGCCGCACCUUCCUGCUCCUUACCUUCUGCUUCGCCUUCUGCAGCGGGAACUAUAUGGUGACGACGCCGCGGGAGUGGAUGGUGGGGCAGCCGGGUAUGGUGUGUGUGAUAAGUGACGUAGCUUCCCCCGCAGGCUCCCUCAACCUCAAUGUCACCAGGACCAUCACACACCCCGACAAGAAGGACGAGGUCACUGUUCUCGUCCCCAACACCCCCAUCUCGGUACCUUCCGGAAGGGCAGAGUUAUGCCAUCAGGUGAAUGUGUCGACCACUGUACCUUCCACCUUCGACAACGUCCUGUCGUUGACGGGUCAGGUGGGAGGCAAGAAGGUCAAACACGAGGCCAAGCUGGUCUUUAUCUCCAACGACAAGACGACCAUUAUCCAGACGGACAAGUAUCACUACCAGGCUAGCCAGGUGGUCAAUAUUAGGAUCGUAACUUUCACCAACCCGAACUUCAACAUUUCUACCGACCCAUACCGGUGGGUGUACGUGAUCUCUCCCUUGCCAUCAACAAACUACAUUGCCCAGUGGAGAGAUGUUAACAACUCUGUUGGCCUUGUUCACCUCAGCAUGACCCUCGUUGAUGAACCCGAGCAGGGUCUUUACUUCGUAUUUGUUAAGACUGUUGAUAAUAAGACCUUUUCUUCGGAGUUCGUGGUGAAGCAAUAUGUGUUGCCGCGGUUUGAGGUGAUGGUCGAGACCCCUACCUAUGUCCUCCUUAUUAACGCCAUGUUCAACUUCACAGUUUGCGCCAAGUACACACAUGGCAUGCCAGUUACAGGUGACCUCACAGUUGAAGUAAACAACAAGGGUGAAAGGUCGUGUCGGAUCGUCUUCAAUAUAACGGACAAUAUUUCCGGGUGCAAAAGUCUGGAUAUAUACGCCAAAGAUAUAAGGGUGUUAGACUGCUCAGUCAAAUCAGUACAGCUGAAAGCUAUAGUGAAGGAAGAGGGGACCAGUGUGGUGAUGACAGAGACGGUCCAAGUCUCUCUCGCUUCUCGAGCCAUCACUUUCAGAUUCAUGAAUGCAGAUAAAUACUUGAAACCAAACCUUCCAUACAGCAUACAGGUGAUGGCGAUGUUGCCUGACAAGUCGCCUGCUGCUUACAUUCCCCUGGAGCUGUGUGCAGCAGAUGUCUGCCGUAACACCACCUCUCCUCGCGACGGCAUUAUUUCAGCAGUGAUAUAUUCUCCAACUGCACACCGGUUCACGAUCAUUGCACCGAGCAUCCGUGCCGUCAUGGAGAGCACCAGGCGCACCAAAACAAUUGCCCACUUCUAUUCUCCAUCGAACUCUUCCCUGCUGAUCCUGGCUCCUGAGGGCCCCCUCCCCUGCAACUCCAGCGGCUACACCAACCACACCAUUUCUGUCCUCUUCUCCUCUGUUAACCAGACUAAGGCUAACAUUACUGUCCAGGUAAUGUCAAAUAGAGAGAUCAAAUAUUUAAAAAGUAAGGAAUACGAGCUGACCGCCGGCACUCUUCCCAUCAACACUACAUACGUGAUUGGCCCGCCACCUGUCCGCCUCCCAGGAAACGCGACAAUUGGCUUCAUCAACGUCUCAUUCAUCCUUCCUGUCUCAGCCUCCCCUGUUGCUAAGGUGUUAGUAUGGUACACUCGUAAUGAUGGAGAGGUGGUGGCAGAUUCGAGGAAGAUGUUGGUGGAAAAAUGCCUUCCUAAUGCAGUGGAUGUGAGAUGGUCGGUGUCGCAGGUACAGCCAGGGAAAACAGCUGAAAUAAAUCUUACGGCAGCGCCAAACUCCACCUGUAGCCUAGGCGUGAUAGACAAAAGUAUGAAGCUUCUGAAACACCAGAGUGACCCGUUCUCUCUUAAUGCUCUCUUCGGCCAUGUGGAUCUCCAGGUCUACAAUUUGCCAAAUGGUUUCACCAAGGACAAUGCUUAUUGUAAGGAGCGCUUGAAAUCAGAGCAAGAUUCGGGAAAAUACUAUUCCUACUACUCCAACUAUGUGGAUUCUAAUGCAGUGUUUAAUGAUGCUGGCGUGCACGUGUUCACCAACCUGCAGCUGGACACCAGGCCGUGUGAGAAGUCAGCUAUACGUACGGUCCCUCAACAUAAGACACAGGAUCGUGUUACCUCUAGUCCAACAAAUUCUGCCGCAAAGGAAGGUACUACGAAGAUGAGAAAGAUUGGUUCAAGUGAUGAAUCACAGAUGGUCCCAGGUGGUGGCAGAGCAAAACAGGCGGCCCCACCUGACGAGUCGUCCGAGGAGGACCAAAGGACUUACUUUCCAGAGACGUUGAUGUGGGACCUCUUCACUCUAUCAUCAUCUGGAGGUAGCAAGCGGGAGUUGACCAUGCCAGACACCAUCACACAGUGGGAGGGGAUGGCAGUGUGUGUACACCCACAGCAUGGUCUGGGCGUCUCACUCAAGCAGAACAUAACAACCUUCACCAACUUCUUCCUAGAUCUCGCCCUCCCAACUUCUGUCAAACGAGGGGAAAUUCUACCAGUGAUAAUUUCGGUCUUUAACAACCACGAUGUUCAAUUACCAGUUAUAGUGAAAUUAGUGAAGAGUCUUGAAUACGCGAUGGUGUUGUCGGGUGAGGAGAUUGAGGGAGCCCACGCUGCUUGUGUCACCGCCCACAGCAAAAUGGUAGACGUCGUCAGGAUAAAACCUUUAGUAAUUGGCCGAAUUAUGAUUAAUGUGACAGCCUUAAUAGAUAAAGGAGCUUCUGCAGCCUGUAGACCUGGCAACACUUCAAUAGCUGACAAUGACACUCUGGUCAAGGACAUUGUUGUGGAAGCCGAAGGGUUUCCCAGGGAGGACACUUGGACUAGAUAUGUCUGCUCUAGAGAUAUGAAAAAUAUGUCGGAGAUGAACGUGACGUGGGAGGUGAGAGCCCCUGAGGUCAUGGUGGAGGGGUCAGCUCGAGCCUGGGUCACUGUUCUUGGCGAUCUCUUCUUACCCUCAGUCGAGAACUUAGGACACCUAAUAAACGUGCCGUCUGGUUCUGGGGAGCAGAACAUGCUCAACUUUGCUGUCAACGUCAUCAUCCUCCAGUACCUAAAAAAUACCAACCAGAACCACCCAGAGAUCAAGAAGAAACUUAUUGAUUUCAUAGAGCAAGGCUAUGUGCGUGAGUUCGUGUACGCCCGGGAUGACGGUUCCUUCAGUAACAACGGCAAGGCUGAUGAAUCCGGCUCCACCUGGCUCACCGCCUUCGUACUCAAGUCCUUUUCUCAGGCCAGGCCUUUUAUAAAUAUUGACAAGCGAAAGCUGGAGAAGGCCCUGUUCUGGCUCCUAGAGUUCCAGAACACUACUGGCUGCUUCUACUCCGUCGGGGAAGUCAUUAACAAGUGCAUGCUGGGAGGCGUGUAUGGCAAGGAUUCCCCAGUACCCUUGACGGCUUUCGUGCUAAUCUCCCUGCUUGAGGCAGGUGUAAGUCCAAGGACUGCAGUUGUCACCAAUGCAUGUUCCUGUGUGACCAAUGACACGUCCCAAGAUCUCUACACCCUGGCACUCAAGUCCUACGCCCUGGCCCUCGCCAAACGGGAAGAGGUAUAUAAGGUGCUCCCGAAGCUCAUUGAGAGAGCAAAAGUGACGAAGGACACCAUGAACUGGGAAAUUUGGAAUGACACUUGGAAAAAAAAAUCAUUGGAGGUAGAGAUUGCGGGGUACGCGAUCCUGGCCAUGGUGUACAGUAACAUCACAAUAUAUGAACCACACAUACGGAAAGUCAUCAAGUGGAUAACAAGACAGAGAAAUGGUCAUGGAGGAUUUUACACCACACAGGAUACAGUCGUAGCCGUACAAGCGAUGUCAGUGUACGAGUCGUACUUCCACGAGGGCAACUUGAGCAUGGUGGCGAGGGUGACAGGUGGCGGCGUGAACCAUUCCUUCACCCUACACGAGGACAACAGGUUCUUGACGCAGCUCGUACCCCUCACCAGCCUUCCUGCCAACCUCACCCUAAACGUUGUUGGCAAAGGUUGUGUCAUGGUCCAGUCUGUGCUGAAGUACAAUAUCCCAACACCUGGAGGAAGUGAUGCCUUCAAACUGACCAUCAAAACUUGCUCAGAGCCUGACAAGUUUUGUGUGACUAAGCGCAUUAAAGCCUGUGCCAGCUACCUGAUUCCCGAUGGCAAGUCCAACUUGGCCGUCAUGGAGGUCAACCUUGUGUCCGGCUACGCUCCUGACAGGUCAGACCUGACGAGAAUCACAGAGAACGAUCUUGUUAAGAAGUAUAAAGUGGAUGGCAGCAAGGUCACCUUUUACAUUAGCGGGUUGACCAAGAAGGAGACGUGCUUGUCGUUCCGGGUGAUCCGGGAGUCGCAGGUUGAGAACACUAAGCCUGGCACCAUCCUGCUCUACGACUACCAUCACCCAGACUUAUCUGUUUCAGAGAGAUACGAUCUUCCUCCUCCAAGUCACUGCAAAUAAGUCGAAUGAGAUGUUUCUGCAGAUCUCUUAAUACUGGUGAAGUUUUGCCUCUCACACUAACCUUCCAUACUUCAUACUUUGUUAUAGUUAGCAUGAUAUACAAAUUCAUAUAUAUUGUGAUGCAUAUUAUGUGACAAUAGUGAUAUAAAUAUUUACCUUUAUUUUAUUUUAUUUGUAUUGACAGUGCAUGGAUUAAUACUUAAUAUAUCGAUUUUGAUGGUGGAGCAAGGAAAUAAAAGUUUCUUUGUUUAAUAUUGUAUUACUUACUCUUCGUUGAAUAUAGAGAUGCCUAAACAAUUCUUUCCAUUAACGUUGUCAACUGUACAAGAACUCCCUUGUUGUGACCACACACCAGGCAGACUGAACAUGUAAGAACUCCCUGGUUGUGGCCACACACCAGGCAGACUGAACAUGUAAGAACUCCCUGGUUGUGGCCACACACCAGGCAGACUGAACAUGUAAGAACUCCCUGGUUGUGGCCACACACCAGGCAGACUGAACAUGUAAGAACUCCCUGGUUGUGGCCACACACCAGGCAGACUGAACAUGUAAGAACUCCCUGGUUGUGGCCACACCAGGCAGACUGAACAUGUAAGAACUCCCUGGUUGUGGCCACACACCAGGCAGA